CCUGAAAGUAAACAGAGGAGCUGUCAGUGGAUUUGGAAAUUAAUAUAUUUACAACUAAAGGGAACGAUUUAACAACGGCAUUUCACUUUUUAUGCAUACAAAGGGAUAUUUGUAUGACGUGGUGCGCUUUCUAGUCAAGGUUUUACAGGGGACAGGAGUGACGCUGUCCUGUGAUGUUUACAGACAUGGACUAUGAAUUGGAGGAGGACAAACUGGGAAUACCUACAGUCCCCGGCACUGUGUGUCUGAAGAAAGAUGCUAAUAACCUGAUAGGGAUCAGCAUUGGGGGCGGGGCACAGUACUGUCCUUGUCUCUACAUUGUGCAGGUCUUUGAUAACACCCCAGCAGCUCUGGAUGGGACGCUGGCCGCAGGUGAUGAAAUCACAGGCGUGAAUGGCAAACCUGUGAAGGGAAAGACUAAGGUGGAGGUGGCCAAGAUGAUUCAAGCUGUCCAGGGAGAGGCAGUAAUCCACUACAACAAAUUGCAGGCCGACCCAAAACAGGGGAAAUCUCUGGAUAUAGUGCUGAAAAAAGUCAAACAUCGCCUGGUAGAGAAUAUGAGCUCAGGCACAGCAGAUGCUCUUGGACUCAGCAGAGCUAUCCUAUGCAAUGAUGGACUGGUCAAAAGACUAGAAGAACUGGAGAAAACAGCAGAGCUCUACAAAGGACUGAUGGAGCACACAAAGAGACUGCUCAGAGCAUUCUUUGAGCUUUCUCAAACACACAGAGCGUUUGGGGAUGUUUUUUCUGUCAUCGGAGUACGAGAGCCCCAGGCUGCAGCCAGUGAGGCCUUUGUGAAGUUUGCUGAUGCUCACCGCAACAUUGAGAAAUAUGGUAUCCAGCUACUAAAGACCAUCAAGCCUAUGCUCCACGAUCUGAACACGUACCUUCACAAGGCAAUACCAGACACAAAGCUCACCAUCCGCAAGUACCUGGAUGUGAAGUUUGAGUAUCUGUCAUACUGUCUAAAGGUGAAGGAAAUGGAUGAUGAAGAAUACAGCAGUAUUGCCAUGGGAGAGCCUCUGUAUCGUGUCAGCACUGGUAACUAUGAGUACCGCUUGGUGCUGAGAUGUCGGCAGGAGGCUCGCGCCCGCUUCGCUAAGAUGCGCAAGGACGUUCUGGAGAAGAUAGAGCUGCUGGAUCAGAAACAUGUCCAAGACAUUGUGUUCCAGCUGCAGCGCUUCGUCUCAGGCAUGUCACAUUACUACGACGAGUGCUACGCCGUCUUGAAGGAGGCGGAUGUCUUCCCCAUCGAAGUGGACCUCUCCCGCACCAUGAUCAACUACGGCAGCCAGUCGCUCUCUUACACUGAAGACGAUGAGGAGGAGGAGGGAGGAGGCGGAGAGGAAGGAGGAAGCAGCGUAGGGAGACAAGCAGAGAACGGCGCUGAGAAACUGAUCGAUGACGAAUGAGUGUGAGUGUGUGUUUGUUUGUUUGGGCGUGUGUGUGUGUGUGGUGUUUUUGUGGACAUUUAAUCCACCGCACUUACUGUCCUUCACUUGCAUUUCAUGUCGCCGCUCUCACCCAACAGUGAUCUUUAGAGUGAAAUAUAGCGGUUGAAAUGCUUAACACUGGUGUCACAAAGGUGAAUACUACUGAGAAUUGCUGCUGUAAUCCUGUUGUUUGGUCUUUUGGUGGCGUUUUCUUUGUCAAAUCUUCUCAAAUCAACAGCUUUGUGAUUAUUUUACCAUAUCAUUUUACCGUCACAAAUUUUGACUCAACUUUCUCUUUAAAACGUGAACUUCCUGCUUUUUUAAGCGACUGUCCGUCACUCAUAAGGUCAUUGCUGAAUGAGUGUGACAGACACAUCUAACAGAAGGCAACUGUAAUUUAAUUUUUUAUUUUAAUGCUGCAGAGGAGGAGCUAAAUACAUACGAGGUGUGCCUUGGUAUCAUGAAGUAUAAUGGGUCUGAGCUGUGUUUAAGUUUGUAUACAUUGGAUUGUUAAAGCUAAACCUUUAUUUAUUUUCUUAUUUCAUUGUAUUUGCUAUAAACAUUUGACAGACAGUGAGUUGUUUAGAAUAGAAUAGAAAACCUUCAUUGUCAUUGUAGAGAAUACAACAAAAUUAGGAGUGCUACUUCUGCUCGGUGCAUUAAAAGACACUGAAACAAAACAAGACAACCACAGCCAACAACAUAGGUUUUUAAAAUAAGUAAGAAAAUUAAGACACUGUAAUUUUGCACUAGAAUAAGUGUACUUAUUUAGCUACCUAAAACAUUUUUUUCUGGUAAAUGAGCGGUAUCGCUGCAGAGACACCUAAAACACCUAAACAUUUUAAAGGUGUUUACUGAAGAUUGGGACUGACACAGACAUGAUCAUGUUACUACUUGAAAUGUUUGUUACAUGCAGCUGUUACACAUCUUAUGGGGAUGUUGUUUCAUCUUUAAAAACAUUAGUUGUUUGAUAAGGGAGAGCCUACAGAGAGCUUCAUAACCAAAGUAUUUUUUUUAUUCAAUCUGUAUACUUCAAUCUAAACUGUGUUAUUUCCCUGUAACACUUUCAUUUCUCACUUCCCCUGAAUGCACCAUGUUUUCUUUUUAAUUCCUGUUUUCUUUGUGAUUCCAGCACUCCGGUAAUGUUUUUGUUUGAGAUGAGAAAGUUAGUGGACACAAACAUCCUCUCAGAGCUUUAUCAUGCUGCGGAGGUGGAAUGAAAUUGCAAACACUACCUGUAAAUAAGAAUGUAUGAAGGGAAAGAGUAUAAAAACUCUUGUCAUUCCAACUUUAUUUAUUAUUGUCAAAUAUAUUUAAAAGAUUAAUGAUCAGUAAGUUGUGAGAUUGAUUCUAUAUUAUAGUGAAUAUAAUUAUCCACCCAUGUAACUCUGGGGUUUUGUCUCUUCUUUUUUUUUCAUUUCUUUUUUUCUGUUUUUUGUGUGUGUGAGUGUCCUGUGAAAUAGGAUAUUUUGGCUGGGUGGUUUGUGCAUUUUGAGGAUUAACUGUUUGAAACGUGUUUGAGGUCAUCACUUGGGGGCAGCAUUUCCCAUCAGAUCACACUGUCCUGCAAUCAGCAAUGACUGACUGGCCUUGUGUUGAAGGAAAUUUUUCUUUGUGUCUUGUCUCCAAAUAACUGGAAUGUAUGAAUCAAAGGGACCUGCUGUAUUUUUAUUUUGUCUCAUACAGGUCAGUUCAUAGAAAACUACAACUAACUUACGGAAGUGAACCUUAAAAUGGCCUAAGCAACUUUUUUAAAAGCAUAAAUAAACAAAUACAA